AAGUUCUGCCUGAUGGAGAUGAACCAGGAGGAACUGGCUGACACACUGUGGGGCGGAUCUGCUGCUGUUCAGUGCCAAGAUAAAAUCAAGUCUCAUUUGAAGAAAAAGUUAAAGUGUGUGUCUGAGGGAAUCCCUAAAGCAGGAACUCAAACGGGUCUGAAUGACUUCUACACAGAGCUCUUCAUCACAGAGAGAGGCAGUGGAGAGGUCAACAAAGAACAUGAGGUCAGACUGAUUGAAACAGCUUCAAGGACACCAACCAAGGAAGAAACACCGAUCAAAUGUGAAGACAUCUUUAAACCCUUACCUGGACGAGAUCAACCAAUCAGAACAAUAAUGACCACUGGAGUGGCUGGCAUUGGUAAAACCAUCGUAACACAAAAGUUCACUCUAGACUGGGCUGAAGGCAAAGCCAACCACGACAUACACUUCACAUUUCUCUUAACUUUCAGAGAGCUGAAUUUACUGAAAGAGAGAGAGUUUAGCUUGGUGGAACUUCUUCAUCACUUCUUUAUUGUGAUCAAAGAAGCAGGACUCUGCAGAUAUGAACGGUUCAAAGUUCUCUUCAUCUUGGAUGGUCUGGAUGAGUGUCGACUUCCUCUGGACUUCCAGAACAACCAGACCUGGACUGAUGUCAAAGAGCCGUCCUCUGUGGACGUGCUGCUGACAAACCUCAUCAGGGGCGACCUGCUUCCCUCCGCUCGCAUCUGGAUAACCACACGCCCUGCGGCAGCCAAUCGGAUCCCUGCUGAGUGUGUUGACAGGGUGACAGAGGUGAGGGGGUUCACCGACCCACAGAAGGAGGAGUACUUCAGGAAGAGAUUCAGAGAGAAGACGCUGGCCAACACAAUCAUCUCCCACGUCAAGAAAUCAAGAAGCCUCCACAUCAUGUGUCACAUCCCAGUCUUCUGUUGGAUCACUGCUACAGUUCUGGAGGACAUCUUAAAAAAAUCCCAGAUAGAAGAGAUGCCCAAGACCGUGACUCAGAUGUACAGCUACUUCCUUUGGGUUCAGUCGAUACAGGGGGACAGGAAGUACCAUGGGAGAGCUGAAACGGAUCCAUACUGGGGUCCAGAGAGCAGGAAGAUUAUUGUUUCUUUGGGAAAACUGGCUUUUAACCAGCUGGAGAAAGGCCACCUGAUCUUCUACGAGGCAGACCUGGCAGAGUGUCACAUCGAUAUCAGAGCAGCCUCACUGUACUCAGGAGUGUUCACCAAGAUCUUUAAAGAGGAGUGUGGGCUGUACCAGGACAAGGUGUUCUGCUUUGUCCAUCUGAGCCUCCAGGAGUUUCUGGCUGCCCUUCAUGUCUUUCUGACCUUCAUCAACGAUGGUGUCAAUCUGCUCUCAAAAGAACAACCCACCUCUGGGGAAGAUAAACUCUUCCUCCUCUACCAGAAUGCUGUGGACAAGGCCUUACAGAGUGAGAACGGACAACUGGACUUGUUCCUCCGCUUCCUCCUUGGCCUCUCUCUGGAGACCAAUCAGAUUGUCCUACGAGGUCUGCUGGGACAGAAAAAAAGAUCACUGACCACUCAGAUUAAAACUGUGUCUUACAUCAAGGAGAAGAUAGAUGGAGAUCUCUCUCCAGAGAGAAGCAUCAAUCUGUUCCACUGUCUGAAUGAGCUGAACGACCGUUCUCUAGUGAAGGAGAUCGAACAGUACCUGACAUCAGGAAGUUUCUCCGGAAGAUCUCUCUUUCCUGCUCAACUGUCAGCUCUGGCCUUCAUCCUAGUGACAUCAGAAGAGGAGCUGGACGUGUUUGACCUGAAGAAAUACUCUGCUUCAGAGAAGGGUCUUCUGAGGCUGCUGCCAGUGGUCAAAGCCUUUAAAACGUCUCUUUUGAAAGGCUGUCAGCUGUCAGAGAAAUGCUGUGAAGCUCUGGCCUCAGUUCUCAGCUCAGACUCCUCUAGUCUGAGGGAGCUGGACCUGAGUACCAAUGAUCUGCAGGAUUCAGGAGUGAAGCUGCUCUCUGCUGGACUGGGGAGUCCACACUGUACACUGGAAACUCUCAGCUUGUCUUGCUGCCUGGUCACACAGGAAGGCUGUGCUUCUCUGGCCUCAGCUCUGAGCUUUAACCCCUCCCAUCUGAGAGAGCUGGACCUGAAGGAGCUGGACGUGUUUGACCUGAAGAAAUACUCUGCUUCAGAGGAUGGUCUUAUGAGGCUGCUGCCAGUGGUCAAAGCCUCUAAAACAUCUCUGCUCAAUGGCUGUCAUCUGUCAGCGAGAUGCUGUGAAGCUCUGGCCUCAGUUCUCAGCUCCAACUCCUGUUGUCUGAGAGAGCUGGAGCUGAGUUCCAAUGAUCUGCAGGAUUCAGGAGUGAAGCUGCUCUCUGCUGGACUGGGGAGUCCACACUGUACACUGGAAACUCUCAGGCUGAAUAGCUGUCUUCUGUCAGAGAAAUGCUGUGAAGCCCUGGCCUCAGUUCUCAGCUCCAACUCCUCUAGUCUGAAAGAGCUGGACCUGAGUACCAAUGAUCUGCAGGAUUCAGCAGUGAAGCUGCUCUCUGCUGGACUGGGGAGUCCACACUGUACACUGGAAACUCUCAGCUUGUCUGGCUGCCUGGUCACACAGGAAGGCUGUGCUUCUCUGGCCUCAGCUCUGAGCUCCAACCCCUCCCAUCUGAGGAAGCUGGACCUGAGCUACAAUCACCCAGGAGACUCUGGAGCUGCGCUGCUCUCUGCUGGACUGGAGGAUCCACGCUGGAGACUGGACACUCUCAGGUAUGGAGAGGACAGCUCACCACUGAGGGACAAAGUCUCCGAUAAGGAUUCAAGCCGCUGCUAGAUGAAGUGGUUUGAA